CAAAGCGUUAUUUGCGUGUGCUGGAACUUGCUUAGCGCUUUGCCUUUGGCGACCAAACCAACUCUGCUUUCUGGCAGUCCUCUUUAAUUCAAACGCGCUGAAGCAGGAGAUAGUUGUACUUAUUAUACCAGAUACGAACUUUGGCCAGAAAUGGCCUAGCUCGACGGCAACGACAGGUGGCGCCAGAGCGGAGCAAAUGACUCCGGCAGGCAGUGACGUUUCGCAGCCGCUUCCCUAUUUGCCUGUCCCCAUAGUGCUGGGCAUACUGCAAAGGUUGCCGCCGAAUGACAUCGCGGCCACCGCACGUCUGCUCGCGAAGACCUUUCGCGAGCACUUCCAGUCCAACACCCGCGUCCUGGUCAGCGUGUCGCGCACCUCCCGGCGUGGACAGCCCCACAACCAGCCCACCGGGGGCGAGAGAUCCAGCAGCGGCUCCAACGGUGGUCCGGUGCCGCCCCAUGCAGCCGCCUGGUGGCUGCACACACACCCGCCAGGCGACGCAGCGCGCGGCCACCUGACGCUGCGGCAGCGCUGCGCUCUACGCGACGCCUGCGCAUGCGAAACCCCAGGCGUGAACCCCCGCGCAUCCCCCAGCUGCGGCGCUGCCUGCCGCAGCACUCUCAGUUUCCAGCCAGACAUCGCCCUAUGGCGCGCACAGCUGCCUGUGCCCCCACGGCCGCCACAGCCGGGCGCCGUGCCGCCCACAGCCGCUCCCCUUGCCGCCACCACCGCCACCGCCAUCUCCUCCACACCCCAGCCCAAGGCCCCCUACCACCACCACCACCACCACCACCACCACCACCCGCAGCCAAACCCACAGCCAAGGACACUGCCCGCCCGCCUGAUCCCGCCGCUCAGCCCCAUUGAGAGCUAUGCCGACGUGCCCAGUGCCGUGCUGCUGGCGGUGGCGGCGCGGCAGGCGCCCGCCUACGCCGCCGCCGCAGCCAGGGAGCUGCUGCUGGCGGCGGCGCUGCAUGGAGACACCGACAUACUGCGUCAGCUGGGGGCGCUGGAGCAGGUGCAGGAGCGUGCGGCGGCACUGGCAGCAGACCUCGCCUACCAUGCAGUGCGGGAGGGGGGCCUGGAGGCGGCGGGUACGGCAGCGGCGGCGGCAGCCGUGCAUGCGGACGGCCAGGCAGCGGCAGUCCCAGCAGCAACAGCGGGAGAUGUGGCGGGAGAGACAGCAGGUGGUGACGAGGCGCCAGCGGCAGUGGCAGACUGUGAAGCUCUCAUGCGAUUCGAGGUGUUGGCGUGGCUAGCAAGGGCGGACGCGCUCUGGCGAUCCUCGGACGCGCCGUUCCUGGCGGCGGCCCUCGGCCUGCGGCAGCGCGCCGCGGCGGGCGACGAGGAUGGAGGCGACAUGGAGGGCCCCGGCGGUGUGGAGGAGCUGCGGCGGGCUCUGGGGCGGCUGCAUGCGGCGGGUUUUGGAUCCUUCCACGCCGCCGGCCGCACCUUUCUGGCGGCAGUGGACUUGGCGGCGCGUGGCAAGGUGGCGGUCGAGCUGGUGUGCUGGCUGCUCGACUGCGGCUGCCCGACGGGGCCGCCCGGAUGGAGCUACGUGGCUGCGGUCCGGCCGCUCAUUGACGGCGCUGCCUCCGCCGCCGCCUCCGAGCGAUGCCUGGAUCUCGCGGCGCGGCUUGCACGGCGGCGCGUGGCGCUGGGGCCGGCUGCCCUGUCCGGCAUCGCUGGCCUGCCGUACACUGGCUUUUGCUCGUACGUAUCGCUUCUGGUUGGUGAGUACGGCUGUCCGGUGGACCGUACGGCGUUGUAUGGAGAGGUUACGGCGUCCAUGCGAAAGGGUCCAUCAGAAAAGGGAGCUGGUGCGACACAUGCAAAGCUGUUACAGCCUCAGCCUCAGCAGCAGCAGCAAGGCGGCGGGCUACCGGGGUGGCAGCAGCAGGAGGAGCAGCAGCGCAAGCUUCAGUGGCUUGCGGAGCGGGGUCUCAUGCCCAAACGCCUGGAGCAAUGGGCGCUGGGCCGCCUAUUUGCCCGGACCAAGGAGCGGCUGCGGGGCCUUGUAGGCUCCAGCGACAGCCGCGGCCGCAACCGCAGCACCUCUGCCGUAACCACAAGCUGCCCGGCUGGCCACAGCAGCAGCAAUGGCGGCGGCGGCGAUGGCGGCGCUGGCAGAACUGGCGCAAGCGGCGGUCCUGGUAUCGGCUGCAACGGUGGAGGUGCCGCCGGUAUGGGCAUGGGCAUGGGCGGCGGCGUGGCAUUCAUCGAGACGGCUGCGGUAGUGGCGGCCGCCAGAGCAGGAGCAGAGGGCAUUGAGGGCCGCAGCCGUGCUCUGCGGGGUGACGGCGCGGCGCGGGGCAAGGCCGCCCCACCGAGCACACUGGACCGAGUAGAGGAGCUGAUCAGCAGUCUGCCGGAGAACCUGGGGGUGGGCGCGGGCGAUGCGGUGGGGCUGGCGUCGGCGGCAGGUCGUGUGUCGGCGCCCACGGGGCUUGAGGAAGUGUACGAUACGCGGGCUACAAGUGUGUUGGCCUGGGACCUUCAAGUGGCAUGAUGGUGCUCUGUCCUGAGCGUCCUGGAUCGUGAUAGCGCCAGUCUGCCGGUUGUGCGGGCAAGCGGCGAACAGGCGAAGGAAUGACAACGCAGGCCAUGGGCAGGCGCGCGCCCGGCCUGCAACUUAUUUGCGAUGCGCCGAGCGUGCGCCGCAGCUGGCACGGUGCGCCUCUGGCUCCACUCAGACAUCGUG